UGGGCCUCAUGACCAUCACGGCCGCUUCAAAGUAGCAGGAGGAGUACGUACCCCCUGGUGCCGUAACCGCAUACCGGACAUACAAAGACCUAAACAAUGACAAAGUAAUUGUUUUCCUGACAUAUUUUAGGGUAAAACUCGCCCUUGGGAGGAUGUUUCAUGUACAUGAAUGCAACUAAUUAUCAAAUCCAUACAGGUCAAGACUACCUCGUUGGGAAAGAUCCUUCCAAAUAAGUAUUUCGUGGUGAUGUUCGCGCUUUUCUGUAAUAGAGAGCCGUCGCCUCCUUCUAACACACUUGCACCUUAUGGUGGCCCGUACUUCCCAUUCAUUUCCUACGAAGAUAACAUGUAGGUUAUGGAUUGAUUUGCAAUUAGAAUGCAGG